AUGGACUCAUUCUCCAAACGGGUGAAAACUUUUGACGCAUUUCCAAAAGUGGACCCCCUGUCUCAGGUGCGAUCGCAGAGAGGAGGGUUUUCUACUUUGCUUACAUAUUUUUUUGGACUACUUAUAUUGUGGGUCGAGAUCGGUGGAUACAUAGGUGGAUAUGUGGAUAGACAAUUCAUUGUUGAUGACGCUUUACGGUCCGAUUUGACUAUAAAUCUUGAUAUGAUUGUGGCAAUGCCGUGUGAGUUCUUACACACAAACGUCGAAGAUAUCACUAGAGACAGGUUUCUUGCCGGUGAGACUUUAAAUUUUGAGGGAAUCAAGUUUUUCAUCCCUCCAGGCUUUUCCAUCAAUAAUCCAAAUGAUUUCCAUGAAACCCCCGAUUUGGAUGAAGUUAUGCAGGAGAGUUUGAGAGCCGAAUUUGGCCAGUUGGGUCGAAGAGUAAAUGAGGGAGCUCCUGCCUGUCAUAUAUUUGGCUCGAUACCAGUCAACCAAGUUAAAGGAGAUUUUAGAAUAACAGCCAAAGGGUUUGGAUACAGGGAUAGACUGUUUGUACCCUUGGAAGCGUUGAAUUUUAGCCAUGUGAUACAAGAGUUUUCUUAUGGUGAUUUCUUCCCCUUUUUGAACAAUCCAUUGGACGCCACGGGAAAAGUGACUGACGAAAAGUUGCAAAUGUACCAGUAUCAUGCAAAAGUAGUUCCUACCUUGUACGAGAAGUUAGGUUUAGAAGUCGACACAACUCAGUAUUCAUUGACUGAACAUCACCACGUUGUGAAGGUCGACUCACAUUCAAAACGACCUCAAAACAUACCAGGAAUAUAUUUUGCCUACGAAUUUGAACCUAUCAAGUUGGUUAUAAGAGAAAAGAGAAUUCCAUUCCUACAGUUUAUUGCAAAAUUGGGGACAAUUGCAGGUGGUUUAUUAGUAGCAGCUGGAUACCUCUUCAAUUUAUACGAAAAGUUGCUAGUACUUCUAUUUGGGAAAAAGUACGUUGAACAGGGUAAGGAAAGAAAAGAAGGAGGUUUAUUAGAUAAGGAUUUGUCAAAUGUGCUGGAGUAG